AUGGUUCGACCGGGACUCUAUUGUGCGAUAACGCUUCUCGGUGUCUCGGGGUAUGUAUCGAAUGCUCAAACUCUCCCCGAGCCGCAUCUUCAUGUUCCAGCAGCUCGUCAGCUUCAAUGGCAUAGCCUCGAAUAUUAUGCGUUUGUUCACUUUGGACACAACACCUUCACUGGAGAAGAAUGGGGCCGUAGCCAGAGCCCGCCGGAUGUUUUCAAUCCAACCAGCCUCGAUACAGACCAAUGGGCUCAAUCGUUUGCCAACGCAGGCAUGGGAGGGAUGAUCCUGACAGCCAAGCACCACGACGGGAUGGCUUUGUGGAACAGCAGCACAACCACAUACAAAAUUGCCAACUCGGCGUGGGCAGAGAAUAGAACAGAGCAUGGUCUGGAUUCCGACGUUGUGCGGAUGGCAGCCGAGUCGGCCAAGAAGUACGGCAUCCGGUUCGGCAUUUAUCUUUCGCCGUGGGACAUCCAUCGUGACCCGGCAAUGCCCAAGCCAGGCCUCGCUGGGACCAUCUUUGACGAACCGCAAAUCUUCGGCGAUGCCUCCCCAGGAGACUACAACGAGCUUUAUUCCCAGCAGUUGACAGAACUUCUCACCAUGGAGCUCAGCGAUGGAUCCCAGAUAGAUGUGUUUGAACUCUGGCUGGAUGGCGCCAGCGGCUCAGACACAGUGCAGACAUUCGACUGGGCCCGAUACCGAGAUAUCAUCCGGGAACAUCAGCCUGAAGCUGUCAUGUGGGGUCACCAAGGAGUUGACGCUCGCUGGGUUGGGAAUGAGGAUGGGUACACACUCGAGACUAACUGGCAUACGAUCAAUGUAACCCAGGAUGAUGCUCGCCUAAGUGAACAGGACUUAAUGGUUGGUGCACGCGAUGGCACAUACUGGACACCAGCGGAAUCAGACGCACGGAUUCGCGAUGGGUGGUUUUGGCAUGCGGAAGAGAAGCCCAAGACAGGUGACGGGCUGAUGGACAUGUACUUGAAGACAGUCGGCCGCAGUGUCACAUUGAACUUGGAUGUGCCACCUGAUACGAGAGGGUUGAUUCAAGAUGAAGAUAUUGCUUCAUUGAUAGAAUUCAAGAACUUGCGCGAAUCAUUGUUGGGCCAGGGGAUCCUUCAACCAGGGGCGAACGUAACAGCGAGUAGCGUCCGCGAAGAUGACAACAACGCGUAUGGCCCUCAAAACCUGCUGGAUGGACGAGACGAUAGUUACUGGGCUUUGGACGAUGAUGAAACAACCGGAUGGGUUGAGAUUGACUUUGGGUAUGAGCGACCUGUAAGUGGUUUCAUCGUGCAAGAGCAUAUCGCACUCGGCCAGCGCGUUGGGAGCUACACAAUCGAGGCUCUUGUAGGCGACGAGUACACGAGAGUUGUCAAUGGGACCUCGAUCGGUUACAAGCGCAUUGAUGUCCUCCCAAACACAGUAAGCACGAGCCGGAUUCGCCUCAGCAUCACUCAGUCAAAUGCAGUACCAGUACUUCAACAGUUUCAAGUCCUCGGGUCAAGCGACAUUUCGAACAGGAGUCGCUGA